AUGAUAGUAUUCACAACAUCAAGAAAUGACGAUCCUAAUCUAUGGUUUAAUAAGGAACAUCCAGGAUUUGAGUAUAUUGAUCAGUUUCGGAUAGGAAAAGAAUUAUAUAUUAAAGCGCAGAUCCGACAGACAAGAACAAAGGAAAAACUAAGUACUCUAAGAGAAGACACUGAUGUCAAUUUAUUGAGACGAAGUCCAGGGAUCAAAUGGGUACAACAAGAAAUAGGCCAUGUCAGAGUAACAAGAACUUUGGAUACAGAAUGGAGUAAUCUUUGGCAUUUGAAUGGUGAUGUUGCACCAACAAUGAAAGUUGAAAGCGCCUGGUCAGCAGGUUACACUGGUUCUGGUAUCGUCAUUGCAGUGUUGGACGACGGAUUGCAAACAGAUCAUCCUGAUCUUGCUGCAAAUGUUGAUACUGUUAAUGACAUAGAUAUUUAUACUAGCGAUAAUGAUCCUUCACCACCUGCAGGCGCCGGUCAUGGUACACAAGUAAGUGGAUUAAUUGCAGCGGUGAAAGAUAACAACCUUUGUGUUGUUGGUGUCGCAUUUAGUUCCACUCUCAUAGGAGUUCGAAUAAUAGGCCCACAUGCUAUUACUGAUUCAGAAGAAGCUCAAGCUCUUUCUCACUAUUCAACAAAUGUUGAUAUAUACAGCAAUAGCUGGGGACCUACUGAUGGAACUGAUUUUAAAGGUCCUGGUUCUUUGACAAAAAACGCAUUGUUAAAUGGAGUGACUAAUGGAAGGAAUGGCAAAGGUGCUAUUUACAUAUGGUCAGCCGGUAAUGGAGGAACACAGGACAACUGUAAUGGUGACGGAUAUGUUAAUAGUAUAUAUACUAUAGCCAUUUCUAGUGCACAGAUUGGCCAAAAUGCAUGGUACUCAGAAGUAUGUGCUCCUGCCUUAGCUGUAGCAUAUGGUGGCAGCCAAGAUGACAGAUUCUUGACAACUACUACAAUAGGAUCAGGAUGUAAAAGUGAUGGUAUCCAAGGGACGUCGUACUCAGCACCUUUAGUAUCUGGUAUAGUUGCUCUUACACUGGAGGCAAAUUCUGACCUAACUUGGAGAGACAUCCAGCACCUGAUUGUUUUCACAUCAAAUAGGAGUGGUUUGAGUGACACCUACUCUGAUUGGACAAUGAACGGGGCAAAUAAAGAAUUCAGCCAGGUUCUUGGUUUUGGUUUAAUAGACGCUUAUGCUAUGGUGAGUUAUGGUAAAAACUGGGUAACAGUACCAACACAACAAACAUGCACCACAUCUACAAGAUCUCCUGCCUUGAGCACCACUUCUAAUGUCUCUGAUUCAAUGACUGUAACAUCUGGUGACUGUUCGUCGAUAAACUAUCUUGAACACGUGGUAGCUGACAUUACGUUCUCCUACACAGGAUUCAGAGGUGUAACACAGCUGUAUUUGGUAUCUCCAUCUGGUACCAAAAGUCAUCUUUUGCACUACAGAAAUACGGAUGCUAUAGAUAAUCAAGCAGCAGGAAGUCUAACCUGGGAUUUCAUGUCAGUAUUUUGGAAAGAAAACCCAAUUGGAAUCUGGACACUGGAAAUAAGUCCAAAGCUAGCAAUUGCAACUGUAACCUUAGACAGCUGGACCCUUACAUUUUACGGAACUACAACAGAUCCCUGGCCAGCACAAGGAAGUAACGUCGUAACAGCAGAGCCAACUACUGCCGAUGUAACACCACCAAAAAUAACUACUGACACCAAAACAACAAAGACAACAACUCCUGCUGACGCACCAACAACGAAAACAACUACUGCCAAUGUAACACCACCAAAAAUAACUACUGACACCAAAACAACAAAGACAACAACUCCUGCUGACGCACCAACAACAAAAACAACUACUGCCGAUCUAACACCACCAAAAAUAACUAUUGACACCAAAACAACAAAGGCAACAACUCCUGCUGACGUACCAACAACAAAAGCAACAACAGACACCGUACCAACAACAAAAACCACAUUUAAUACCAAAAUUACAUCCCAAAAUAAUGUAGAAAUUACAGUUAUAACAACACAAAAUAAUCCGUUAACAUCUACAGUUACAUCCAGUACUCCGGAAACAAACUCCAUGAAUACAAGCAAUAGCAACAACAAUGUCAGAUCAAGUUCUGUGAACGAGGAUUCAGCUGUUAUAGCUGGAGCAGUGACAAGUGCUGCUAUAGUGGUUGCUGUUGUCGCAUUCUUUGUAAUACUUAAGUUACGUGUAGAGUGCUAUUGUAGCCAUGCACCCAACAAUGACAGUUUUGUAAAAGCACAACUAAGUGAAUGCAAUGAGCUCUGUGGUGGAAAUUCAAAUGAAUUUUGUGGAGGCAAAUAUAGACUGAGCUUAUAUAGUAUAGAUUGUUCACCCGACACAACAGUCGGAAGUUACCCAUCAACCACAAGCGACAGAUCAUCAGUUAUUCAAGAAGUGAAAGCCACUGUUGCAGCUCAAUCACCACUAAUCACCAGCUUAGCACAAUUUACCCAGAUAUCACCAGAUGGAAAUAACAAUUCCGUCGCCUGCUCCUGUGCAAACUGUAUGCAAAUAAAUAACACUAUUUGGACGAAGGAAGAACUAACAGAAAAAUUGUCUUUGUUAAGGAAUGCAAUUUCUAUAGACAAGAAAGGAACAAACUCAUACAAAGCCACUAAAAUGUCUGCAUAUGAUCCGAGGAAGUCUUCAAGAAAUAUUGGCAUAGUCGGCAUCAUUGUACUGGUUGUUCCUGUUAUAUUUAUAGUAAUUAUGGAUGUUCAAAGGAUCUGUCAAUGA